UUCCCUGCUCUGGGCAUGCGCAGAUCGCGGGGGGGGGGCAGAGUUACGCAUGCGCAGAGGCAGAGCUCGCAGAGGCGCUGUUUCCCAGAGCAGCGGGCACGUGCCCCCACAAGGGAGGUUCCGACUGAGCCGGGGAGACCUUCCUUAACCGCUGGGGCCGCGCCGGGCUCUGCCCGCCCCGCUGCGGCGCUGCAGCCUCCAGGGUUUCCAGUUUCCAAACCUGAUGUGAUGUCGCAUCUGGGACGAGGGAAAGCGCCGUGGGUCCCAAACCUCCAGGGCUCUGAGAAAGAAGUGCUCCCGAGAGCUGCCUGCACAGGGAGUGACCUACAUCUGGAUUCUCUCUGUCACCCAUCAGGUCUUGGGAUGGUGAGUGAGAAUGAGGAAGAGAAACCCCGGCAGGAGGAUGCUGAGCAAGUAGAACCACAUGGGACGUUAUCAGAAAGAUCCAAAGGGAAUGUUUCUGGGAGUUGUGCACUCCCAGAAAAAGCAAAAGGCUGUGAGAGUCAGCAGAGGCCAGAGGAAAACUUGAGCCACUCAGACCUUAUUACACGUGAGAGAAUCAACUUGGAAGAGACACGCUACACAUGCCAUGAGUGUGGGAAAAGCUUCAAUGGGAGCUCAGACCUUUUCACACAUCAGAGAAUCCACAGAGGAGAGAGACCCUACAUGUGCUCUGAGUGUGGGAAAAGCUUCAGUCGGAGCUCAGCCCUUAUCACACAUUGUAGAAUCCACACAGGAGAGAAACCCUACACGUGCUCUGAGUGCGGGAAAUGCUUCAGUUGGAGCUCAAACCUUUUCAAACAUCAGAGAAUUCACACGGGUGAGAAACCUUAUGGAUGCUCUGAGUGUGGGAAACGCUUCACUGAUAGUUCAACCCUCAUCUCACAUCAGCGAAUCCACAUAGGAGAGACGCCCUACACAUGCUCCGAGUGUGGGAAAACCUUCAAUCAGCGCUCAAACCUUAAUAGACAUCAGAAAAUCCACACGGAUGAGACACCCUACACAUGCUCUGACUGCGGGAAAAGCUUCCAUUAUAGUUCAAACCUUAUCACACAUCAGAGAAUCCAUACAGGAGAGACACCCUACACAUGCUCUGAAUGUGGGAAAAGGUUCAAUCGGAACUCAAACCUUAUCACACAUUGUAGAAUCCACACAGGAGAGACGCCCUACACAUGCUCUGAGUGUGGGAAAAGCUUUAAUCAGCAUUCACACCUUAUCAGACAUUGUGGAAUCCACAGAGGAGAGAUGCCCUACACGUGCUCUGAGUGUGGGAAAUGCUUCAGUCGGAGCUCACACCUUGUCACACAUCGGAGAAUCCAUACAGGAGAGAUGCCCUACACAUGCUCUGAAUGUGGGAAAAGCUUCAAUCACAGCUCAAACCUUAUCAGGCAUCAGAAAAUCCAUAUGAGAGAGAACUGUAAUAAAUGCCUUGACUAGGGCUGGCCAAAGACUAUUUUUUUUAAAAUCACAUUUGCUAAUUUGCACAUAGUGAUCUUUGCACCAUUUUCACCGUAGUCUCUCAGCUCGCCCACAUGAAUUGCCUGCUUCUGCCUUUUGCAGCUCACCCUUCUUUGGGGUCCGUCCUGUGAUCAUUUCUAUCAACUCCUUUCCUUUUGAGUCAUAGGAGUGUGUGUCCCUCCAGCCAGGAAUAUUGAGGGAGAGGUUUGAUCCCAACAAGCUACACUGAGGCAAAAACUACCUGUUCCUUACAUCCACCAGGACUGUACAUGGCCUUGGCUGCUCAAGUUAGUGAUCUUGGUGUAAAAAGACAAUCAUAGUUGUAGUGCAGAUGCAGCCCAGGUGCAGUGGUUGGCAUUAGCUUUCCCCUUGACCUGACCUAAACUCCAUCACUUUUCCUAGUCUAAACAAACCCUGAGCAUCAUGGUUAUACUGUCCCCCCAUUUCAAAGCAAUUGUUAGUCAUCAAGUUCUCCCUUCAGGAACAAAUUGUUUCAUUCCCAGUUGCUCUGAUGUUGCUUCAGGUUGUGCUGGAGAGCAGAUAUUUUUACUACCAUUUUCCUCACUUAAAAUAUACAAAUGGCAGGGAUAGGGGAAAAUGUUAUUUCGCCUCUGUAACAACAGAAGAAGGUAGGGUAAGGCAGAGGGAUCCCCUUAUUCCUCAUCACCAUCCCAAUCCCCCUGUUGUUCAAUUGGUUAGGUCAAUAUUUUUUCUGAAGGGCUGAGAAGAGGAUUCCCUAGUCCUUGGUAGUCCAUCGAUCCGAUGAUGACAAAUCUGUGCAAAUCAUCAGUUGUUGGUCACUUGUAACUAAGCAAAAUACCCAUGCAUUGGUCUCCCAAAGCAGUUGUGGCCCAAGCCCUGCAGGAGGUCGCUCCUGAAGAUAUCUCCUUCCUAGUCAGGUGCGUGUUGCCUAUUAUUUUGGAAAUGCAAUCACUAGCUAGGUAGGGAUGGGAAAAAUGGAAGUGACAUUGCUGUUCAACUCACCCAUGGGAGAUGCUGCUGCAAAUGUGUAGAAAAUGAAAUCUGUGUUGAAUGUGAUAUAGCUGCAGAAAGAAACCUAUUUUUAAUGGAUACCUGACAUUUGGCUUCUUACAGGGAUUCUAAAACGCACCUGAAUUUAGUCCCUAAUUUAAAACUGUGCCACCAGAUUAAAGAAAUAAAAGGACAUAUUUGGGGGAGUUAUACCUCAUUAUCGCUACUGAUAUGUUGGGUGGUUGGUGGGGAAUUCUAUUCCAGAGAAGUGUAAAAUUACUCCAAGUAAGGUCAAAGAUAGACCUUGCAGAUACUAGUGGUUGAUUUUCACCCCAGAGUUGGACGCUAGGGUGACCUGUGGCCCAGGUAAACUAUUUUUAGAAUGCUGCUCCCUAGUUAAGUGGCAGUGAUCACGCUCCUAAAGGAUGCCAUGAUUAAAUUGGAUCCAAAUGGUAAAAGACAGUUGUUCCCAAAGUUUGAUGAAUCAGAGAGAGACAGCUGGUUCCAUGCCUAUGGGUCCCAAUCUGGCUGCCUUGUUGGACAAGAAGCACUUCCAUGCUGGGCAAAUGAUGGUGCCAAUGGGGCAGUAUAUCAGAUUCCAAAUUCAGACUGCAGGAUAUAUGAACGCUGAGUCCAGAGUAUGUGGUUUGGUCUCUUAAUUUUGCUCUUAAUCUAAUGUAUUUCUAUCACUUCUCCACCUCCUGCUACUUUGAAAGAUUAGAAAGUGUGAAAAUAGAGCACAGGUGGUUUUUCUCAUGAUGCAACCUUCCCACGUAGUGUGAGACCCCUUCAACCCACACUUAUGGGAGAAGACCCAGGGAGAUAUGAACUCACAGAAAUGGAAGGCUCCUCGGUUAUUGUAGAAUGUAACUUCACACAAAGCUCACUGGUGGAAUUAAGAGAAAACUGCCCUAUAGGUUUAUAUUUUGUAAUCUUUGAAAAAGUUGUUACCAGCGACAAUGAAAUUAAACGUGAAGUUAAUUAGUGUAACAUAAGAGUCUGAUUAUGUGAUAACUUUCAGUGUUACAAUAUAAUUCAGGUUUUUUUCUAGUUCUCUCCCUGUCCCCUCCUACUAUAUUGGAAAUGGUGGCUAAUCCUGAAAUUAAAAUCUCACUCCAAAAGAAUUAGAGUGGGGGAAUAUGUGAGAGAAAUAGCAUGUACGAGAAUAGAGACCCAAUAUAGACUGUAAUUAUUUCUAUGUGAAAUGGAAUUUAUUUUGAUAAAUUUUAAAAUAAAUCUUUCAUGAAGAGGAAAAUUACUUGAGACAAGAUGUGUAAUCUUUUACCCAGUUAGGUAACAGCCCAGAGUUCCCCAGGUCUCUUGUUUGCAAAGCGAAGAUGUCACAUCAGGCAGGAGAUGUCAAAAUCUAAAAUAGUGAUGGAUGUGUGAUGGUAGCUUUUCUGGGUUGUUUUUUUGGUUUGGUUUUUUAAUUUAAUUUUUGUUUUGUUUUUUUUGCAGCCAGUUAUUUUUAUAGGUGCUGAGGCCCCUUUUCCUUUUGAGCACAACUAUUUAGCCCUCAGGCCUGGCUCUGGAAACCUCCUCAGAACUGGCCUUGUGUUUCUUUCAUUCAUGGGUUAAGUGGGCCUUUCCCAAACUGACAUUGGCCCAAGUCUGCCUCAGUUGAGCUGGAUUGGGACACGUCGGUAUCAAAGGAGUGGUUCACACCUGAUUUGCCCAGAGACUUCGGGGGAGGUAUGGUAAGAUAGGAGAAGUAGGAAUUGACAACAAUGAAGUUAAAGGUAAGGGGGAAAGACCCUCAUCUUGCAGGUCAACAAGCCUGUUCUGUUCAUUCCCUCUGGCACUGGUCACUCUUAGGCAGCGCAUUGGGCUAGAUGGAUGAUUGGUCUGACCCAGUAUGACCAGUUUUCCAUUCUUAUGUUAUAUAAGUCAUCUAUGGCCUUGUCUACACUGGCAAGUUUCUGCACAGUAAACCAGCUUUCUGCCAUGUAACUUCUGAGGUCUACACACUGCCAAGUCACUUAGUGUGCAGAAACUGUGCAGUUGCAGCGCUAUUUAAAAAAAACUCCACCCUGACGAGAGGCUUUCUGUGCCAGGGCUACAGCGCUGCGGUGCCAGUGUAGACACCCUGGUCAA